GCCAAACAGCCCUUGCUGAAAUGUCAAUACACUACAGAACACUGGCUCACAGGGUUCAUCAUGAUUUCCAGGCAGUAUGUGGCUUUGUUUCUCUGCUUUCUGCUACUGAUCCCUCUUUCUCUGGAUGCAGUCUUUCUAAAGCAGGAAGAGGCAAGCAAUGUUUUGGAAAGAAAAAGACGAGCCAACAGCUUCUUUGAAGAGAUAAAACUGGGGUCACUAGAGCGAGAAUGCAUGGAAGAAUUGUGUUCCUAUGAGGAAGCAAGAGAGAUUUACGGUGAUCUUGAAAGAACAGAAGAGUUCUGGCGCACCUAUUCCGACCCCAACCAGUGUGCCUCCAACCCCUGUCAGAAUGGUGGGAUUUGUGAUGACCAGUUCCAGGAUUAUGUUUGCCGCUGUCCUGUCGAAUACGAGGGCAAGAGCUGUGAAAAAGCUGUGACUGACAAACUGAAGUGCAUUUUUGACAAUGGUGGCUGUGAACAGUACUGUACUGACAAGCAGUCCAAAAUACGACUGUGCUUCUGUGAUGAUGAUUACACUUUAGCAAGUGAUGGCGUGUCCUGCAUCCCUCGAGUGAAAUACCCAUGUGGAAAAAUACCAGUGCUGGCAAAAAAAAGUUCAACUGCACAUGGGAGAAUAGUAGGUGGUUUCAUCUGUCCUCCAGGUGAAUGUCCAUGGCAAGCCCUUAUAAUACAGGAUCAGAGAGAAAAGUGUGGUGGCACCCUGCUUUCCCCAGAGUGGGUGGUCACUGCAGCUCACUGCUUGGAGCACACUAACCCUAAAGAGCUUCGGGUGAGACUGGGUGAACACAAGAUAAAUGUUGAUGAGAAAACUGAGCAAGAAAGUGGAGUUGCCAGGAUGAUCAUUCACGAAGAAUACAAGAAUGGACAGGUCAACAAUGAUAUUGCCCUCUUGAACCUGGAAACACCCGUGAAUCUCACCGACUAUGUGGUGCCAAUAUGUUUGCCUGAGAAAAGGUUUGCUGUGUUUGAACUGUCCACCAUCAAGUUCUCCACAGUAAGUGGAUGGGGACGACUAAUAGAUGGAGGUGCCACCUCUUCUGUUCUGAUGAGAGUUGAUUUGCCACGUGUAAAGACACAAGAAUGUGAAAAGGAGACCGAUUUAAAUAUUACAGAGAAUAUGUUCUGUGCAGGAGACCUGUCUGGGGUUAAGGACUCCUGCAAGGGAGACAGUGGUGGUCCUCAUGCUACACAGUACAAGAACACUUGGUUUCUGACUGGGGUUGUCAGCUGGGGAAAGGGCUGUGCUGUUGAAGGCAGCUAUGGGGUUUACACAAGGGUAUCCAAAUACAUCGACUGGUUGAGGAAGCACAUGGACUAAUGAUGUUGAGCCACAGCAUUUCCAGGUUGUGUUAUUGCCCCCCAGUCCGUUUGUACCAUUUUCCCAUUGAAGGAUUCCUUCAUAUUCUUGGAUAUUUGAUGCAGGCCAUACUCACAACACUAUUAAAGAUUUGAAGUGAGCCUAAGGCCUACUUGAAUACAUAAAAUAACUUCCCUCUCAGUGCUGUCUGUAAACUUGUGUAUCUUGUCAAGCAGGCAGAGAACAACCAUAACAAAUCAGACACAAUGUCCCUCCUGUUCUGCAUCAAUUUCUGCUAAAGGUCAGAUGCUGAGAGAAAGACUGUCAGUAAUACAUCAUGCAGAUCAUAAGCCUUCCUCCCACUACCCUCUGAACUUCUGGUAAUCAGUGAAGUACAGACUUCCUGAGCCAGAAGUUGCAUUAGAUUGAACAGUCAUGAAUGAAUGUGUUGUCCAUAAUUGUGUGCAAUCUCCUUUAAACAUGUUUAUGCUCCUGGCUUUCAUAGCUUCCUAUGCUAUGGAUCCUGUAAUAUAAUGAUAAAAUAGCAGGAACAAAAAUAGAAAAGGUGCUUCCUUUAGCUUAUGUUAGAGCAGCUUUCUCCCGCAGUUGCAGUGGCAACAGGGAGAUUUGAAGGGGAGGAACUGCAGGCACUCUCCAGGACAAGGAAAUCUGGAAAGAGGUUGAUUCCAUAUUUACAAGUCUGCUAUGAAAACUUGAUUUAAAUCUUAUUGCACCAAGCACUAUUGCUAUAAGGCUAGUAAGUGCAAUAUUUAACCCUAUAUUUAUGAGUGAUAAAGAAUACCACUGAUUUAAUCUUAUAUUUGCCUUGAUAUUAUGCUUGUCUAUAGAAAGAGUGCAAAUAAAAGGGAAUGUUAAUCAGUUGUCCAGUA